CGGUAUUUACCGUUGACAGUGACCAUAUUUGUGUUUACGGCACAUUUUCUUCGGUCCAGAUUCAUCAUCAGCCUCCGCCAUGUUUCGAAAACAACAAACAUGGACGUAAAAGUAGUGCAUGUGCGCCCCUUCUGAGUGCAACAGCCGAUAUCUUAUCAGUGCGUGUUUUUAUUGAUCAUUGAUAACGAUAAGUGAAAUGGCUCCGACGACCACAAUUGAGACUGUUACGAUCACAAGACCAUUAAAGGUGAUAGCGUUCAUAUGUGGACUCAUAGUUAUAAUAUUAAUGAUAAUGGGUCUGGCCUCGACGGACUGGCUGAUGGCAGCCGGUUGGCGCCAGGGCCUUUUCAUGCACUGCAUAGAAGAAGACGCCCCCCAGCCGCUCCCCUUCAACAUGCAAGAGCCCCCUGGAUGCUACCAAUCACGGGAUGCAGCCUAUAUCCGGGCCGCCGCCACCCUCUGCGUCAUCACGCUGCUCACCGAUUUGGUGGCCACCAUCCUCACGGGCUUGGGGUUGAAAACCAAAGACCACCACUCCAAAUACAAGUACUACCGAUUCGCUGUGAUAGUCAUGGGGUUUGCCCUUGUCUCAAUCCUCAUAGCCCUGAUCAUCUACCCGGUGUGUUUCGCCGCCGAGCUGAACCUCGGCAAUAGGACAAUAUGGGAGUUCGGUUGGGCGUACGGAGUGGGCUGGGGCGCCGCCAUCUUCCUCUUCGGCGGCGUGGUGCUCCUCAUGUGCGACAAAGAAAGCGAAGAGAUCUACUAUAAGGAACGAAAAAUCGUGCACGAUAACGAUUCGAGGGCCUAGUGGCCACAUAGUCUGCCCGAUGUUGUUCUCUGAUCGUAAGAGGUCACCCUCUCUCAGAGAACGCGGCGUGAACGAGAGAUACGUGUGAAUGGGUCGCUUGCCUGACACUGGAUGUACACCUGGUCAGUUUGAUUACGACAAAAUCGCGAUUUUCGUCUUUCGUUCCAGUCUACACGUAGACCCGUUUUCGUCCGGAACUUCGCCGUCAAACUGAUUAGUGGAUUACCGUUUUUUAUGAUUUGUUUGAUUUGCUUGCCUGGUCAUCACCAGUCAGCCAGUUUUGUAGUUGUUACCAUUUUACGGCGCUGAUUGGUUUGAUCGUUCGGCUCGAUCUUUAAGUUUUGUUUUCGGUGUCGCGCGUGAUCGGUCGAACGAUCGGAUGGAUUAGUGCAGGAUGCGUGAUUAGAGCGACUGAGAGACAACCCGGGCAGGCUAGAUGUAUGGAACACAAAGACUUGAACCAACUUUUAAAAUGAACUGCGUGACAUGUGCACGACUGACUGUUGUCCGUUCGAGCGAAUAGUGGACAUGUCGGGGCAGUUCGUAGUGAUGUCAAUAUAGGUAUAGUUAUUUCCUCGAUCGAUGGCAGCUAUUUUUUUUUUCGACGAAUUUUUCGAAGGGGCAUUAUUUUGCGUUGGUUUGUUGUAUGAAACGAAAUUCGUGCAGCUGCGCUUACAUGACCAAUACGUAGUUUAUUUCGGUUCAGUUGUGUGAUGUUAGGGUACAUUGGAAAACAAGCAUAUCGAUUUUUAAAAAUUUAAAGUGAACAAAUUUUGCGUACGUUAUUUUUUUUGUAUAGUUAGGGUAAUUUGAUAAUACUGGACCAAUGUUAUUUUGCUUUAAAACAACUGCCAGAUUUUUUGUGGCCACAAGCAUUCAUUCAAAACAAAACCUUCUCAUUUUCUGUAAUUAUAGUUCGUAAGUUUUUUGAUAAUUAAGUAAUUUUUUAUUUAUUAUAUUGUAAAUAAUGAUAUUGUCACAUAAGAAGCAUGGUAUAAACUGUAGUGUUGUGAUAUAUAGCUUGUGUAUAUAAUAGAUGUGAGAGCCAUAUAUCUUGGUAGAAAAUGCAACUUAUAAGUACAUACUUACUUACAACUUAUAUUUUCUACUGUUAAUUUCAUUCCAUUAUUAUAAAAUGUGUAAAUUACUGUUAACAGUUGUAUAAAAAUAAUAAAAAUUUAAUUCUCUUUAUGUAAGGGUAGUUGAUCUCAACUGGAGGUGUGUUCCAGGGCGGGAAAUUCGUUACAUCGUGUAUUUCAUAAAAGCACUUGUACCUAUCUUCUGUCAAAAAAAAAUAAAUUAUUUGUAUUAUAA